AUGCCAAUUCUGUUACGGUUGAUGACAUCGCGACUAGCGCCAUCGGUCGGCGGCCUGGCGCAACCGGUAGUACACACACAAGCACAAGCUCGUGUACGUGUGACUCUGGUAGCAGAAGCCAGCCGACUCGCUCUGUCCUCGUCGCACUACGUUCUCUCCUUAUUCGCCUUUGGCGCGCUGAGAGCGAACGAGACAGCGAAAGAGAAUCUGAGAGAGAGAAUCCUUCUCCCUGACUCGCUGUUGUGUCGUAUAGCCUGUGACGUAACAUUUUGUCCGUCACUGUGCAGACAUGUCGGCGGAGGACUCGUGCUUCCUGGACUGUCGAAGGCGACUUUUGAAUUUCUUUUACGAAUGCUCAGGCCAUAUUUAACAAGACAAAUAAAAGGAUCUCCUAUGAUACCACCACAUCAUCAAUUAAUGAUAGCUAUUUGGAAAAUGGCAACGAUGGACUCCUACAGAUUCAAUGUUGGAAGAGCAACUGCUGUUCGGGCUGUGCGAAGGGUCACUCAUGCACUUUUCUUAAAUGCUUCAACAUUUAUUAAAUGGCCUAUGGGUGAUUAUGCUGAAAGGGUUAUGCAAGGAUUCGUAGAAAGCAGUAGCUUUCCGAAAACCAUUGGGGCCAUUGACGGUACCCACAUUCGAAUAGAUGCUCCAAAAGAAAAUUCUGUCGAUUACAUAAACCGUAAAGGAUUUCAUUCGAUACAGUUACAGUUGGUGUGUGAUCACAGAACUUUGAUCACACAUUGUUAUGCUGGGCAUCCUGGUUCAGUUCAUGACCAACGAGUUUUUCGACAAUCUGAGGUAGCAAACUACUUGAAUGAUGAAGAGAAAUUUCCAGCUGACAGUCGUAUAUUGGAAGAUGCUGCAUACGAGAUUCAUCAACACUUACUGACUCCCUUCAGAGACAAUGGACACCUUACAGUGGCACAAAACAAUUAUAAUUAUCGCCAUUCAGUAGCCAGAGUGACAAUCGAAAGAGGCAUUGGUCUGUUAAAAGGAAGAAUGAGAAGUUUAUUGCACUGUCUGCCUAUGUCAAGAGUGGACUUAAUAGCGGAAUAUGUGAUAGCUUGCUGUGUAAUUCAUAAUAUAUGUAUAUUAAGAAAUGAUGAAAUCGAAGUUAUCACCAUUCCAACUCCACAAGAAUAUGAUAGAAGUCAUGUUAUUUUAUAUCAAGGAAGACAGAAUGCUGGUGGAAUUGCUAAAAGAGAUUUAAUUAUGAAUACUUUACGUCAAUAA